ACACAUACUAUUGGAGACAUUUGGAUCAGUUGGACAUUUAUUAAAAUCAAGGCCUGCUUGGUGGAUCACUUGUGUGCCGAAUAACCCAGAAAGCCCAAAUGAUUCAUAAAAACUCUUAACUCGGUGUCUACGAUGAAUGUAUUUUUGCUGAUACGCAAGAUAAUACAGAAUCUCCAGUAUUUUAAACGGAGCCUGGGCGGAUUCUUGGUGUGAGCGAGCGGAACGUCGUCGCGGCUUGUGUUUCACAUCCUGGUUUGUCGUAGGGGGGUGGUGGUUUUCCAAGUGCUGCAACGGCUCAACGGUGAAGUAAUCUGUGAAGACAGUGAUGUGACCUGGGCGAUUUGCAUCUGACUUUGCUUCAUGCAGCAGUCGGCGUACGGGAGCACAACGCAGGAAUGACGACAUUGUGACAGUUGGCCCAGAGGUGCAGCAGAGGAGAAGGCGGAGGCCGAGCCCCCUCGAAAGCCCAGCCAGAGUCACCGCUGGUCAGAUGGAGCAGCUCCACUGGGUCCGCCAUCGAUGUCGGCAGCUGCUAGUAGCAGACUCGGGCCGAGGCUGGUACUCCGCCCCUGAAAACCCUGCUGCCAAAGGCUCCCUGGAGCCCCACGGCUCACCACACAGGCUUAGUGGGAAGCGAAGGAAGGUCUUGGCUCACCAUGGACCUUACCAGCAGGAGUAUGAAGGCAUCUGCAAGGGCUAUCGAGGCAACGCAAUCCGUACCACCAAGUACAGCUUGUUGAGCUUCAUCCCCAUGAACCUGUUCCAGCAGUUCCACAGGGCUGCCAACUUGUACUUCCUGUUCUUGGUGCUGCUGAACUGGGUUCCCGUUGUCGAGGCCUUCCAGAAGGAGAUCACCAUGAUUCCUCUGGUGGUGGUUCUCAGCGUUAUCGCCUUCAAAGAUGGCCUGGAGGACUACAGACGCUACCAGUAUGACAAGAAGGUCAACAACAACAUAGUGCGGGUCUACAGCGGCCUGCAGAAAGAUUACAUCGAGCAACGCUGGCAGGACGUCCGAGUGGGAGACUUUAUUCGUCUGUCCUGCAACGAAAUCAUCCCCGCUGACAUGCUGCUGCUCUAUUCCUCUGACCCCCACGGCGUCUGUUACAUCGAGACUGCCAACCUGGACGGAGAGACCAACCUGAAACAGAGACAGGUGGUUGCAGACCUCCCGCUGCAGGGAGUAGAGUUUACCCCUGAGAGCUUCCACAGUCGCAUUGAGUGUGAGAAUCCCAACAACAACCUCAGCAAGUUCAGAGGUUACAUGGAGCACUCCACUAAGGGUCGUGUUGGCCUCCACAACAACAACCUCCUGCUGCGGAGCUGCACUGUCCGCAACACUGAGACUGUCGUAGGCAUCGUGGUCUACGCUGGCCAUGAGACCAAAGCCAUGAUGAAUAACAGCGGGCCACGGUACAAGCGUAGCCAGAUGGAGAGGCGCCUCAACAUAGACAUUUUAUGGUGUGUGCUCCUGCUCAUCAUCAUGUGUUUGACUGCAGCCAUAGGCCAUGGUCUCUGGCUGCAGCAGCUGAAAGAUCCCAUCUUUCUGGUCGAUACUGAGACGUCUCCUGCCCUGGCCGGCUUCUAUGUCUUCUGGACCAUGAUCAUAGUGCUGCAGGUUCUCAUCCCCAUCUCCUUGUACGUGUCCAUUGAGAUUGUGAAACUGGGCCAGAUCUACUUCAUCCAGAAUGAUCUGGCCCUGUACAACGACCAGCUGGACUCCAGGAUCCAGUGCCGAGCCCUCAACAUCACUGAGGACCUGGGACAGAUCCAGUACCUCUUCUCGGAUAAGACGGGGACCCUGACAGAGAACAAGAUGGUGUUUCGCCGCUGUAGUGUCUAUGGGAUUGAGUAUCCCCAUGAGGAAAACGCGCGGAGACUUGAGGUGUACGAGCCCGAGGAAAACAAGGUUACUGGUCAGUCGGUGACUCUUAGGUCUGGCUGCAGUGCCAGAUCUCUGAGCUGCCGCUCCGUCAACUGCAACCAGAGCUCUGUCUCUCUCCACACGCUGACUGCUGACUCAGAAGAAGAGCAGGAUGGACCGUCCAGCCACGUCCAGCCCAGAUCUUGUGCCUUCUGUAGUCGCAUGGCUAAGGAGGUGGUUCCAGACCCCGAGCUGGUGAGGAAGUUGGACUGCCUGGCUUCCCCUGCAGUGUCUGUGAGUGACAGCUCGUCCAGGACUCCGUCCAGCCUGGAGCUCACUUACAUCACCGACUUCUUUCUGGCCCUGGCCAUCUGCAACAGUGUCGUGGUUUCCUCACCCAGCCAGCCGCGACACGUGGUGCCUGAAGCUCGAAUACCUCUUAAAUCCCUCGAGGACAUCAAACUGAUGUUCCAGCGCAUGAACUUCUCUCCCUUCUCAGCACUGUCAGCCUUUUCCCCUCCGCAGACCAAAGAUAGUCCCCGCAGCUUCACCAGAAGGCUCUUUGCCCGGGGUAAGGCAGGCUCCUUCACCCCACCUGCAAUCCCUGCUUCCUCCACCAAGGAAGGGGCAGAUCCAGACCAAGAUGUAAACCUGGAAACCUCCAAUCCAAGCCAUAAACUGGAUUCUUCUGGGUCUGAGAACGAAGAGAACAACAAGGUGGAAGACAGGGAGACAGAGGAUGAUCUCAGGGAUAAACUGGCAAAACUGGAUGGAGCUGCGGACGGCAUGGAAACCAGCACUGAAGAGCUGGACACUGAGAACAGUGCUGAUGAUGAACUGUUAUAUGAGGCAGAGAGUCCGGAUGAGGCAGCUCUGGUCCAUGCAGCCCGAGCCUACCGCUGCACCUUGCGGGGACGCUCACCGGAAAACCUGCUGGUGGACCUCCCUGGAAUUGGCUGUCUGGCUGUCCGGCUGCUCCACAUACUGCCCUUUGACUCAAACAGGAAGAGGAUGUCGGUGGUGGUGCGCCACCCGCUCACAGGACAAGUGGUGGUCUACACCAAAGGGGCUGAUUCGGUCAUCAUGGACCUGCUUGAGGCACCUCAAGGUGCAGAGCAGCUAGGUGACAGGUGCAGUCACAUCAGAGAACAAACCCAGAAGCAUUUGGAUAGCUACGCCAGAGAAGGCCUUCGCACGCUUUGCAUUGCUAAAAAGGUUCUGGAGGAGGAGGAGUAUGAACUUUGGCUGAAGAGACAGUUGUAUGCUGAGGCCAGCAUAGAGGACCGAGAGGAGCUACUGAUGGAGUCAGCACAUAGACUGGAGACCAACCUCACCCUGCUGGGUGCAACGGGGAUUGUCGACAGGCUACAGGAAGAGGUCCCAGAGACCAUCCGUGCUCUGCAAAGGGCCGGGAUCAAAGUAUGGGUUCUCACUGGAGACAAACAAGAGACAGCCAUCAACAUCGCCUGCGCCUGCAAACUUCUCCGACCCAAUGACCAACUUCUGACUGUUAAUUGCGGAAGCAAGGAGACAUGUGCAGCUUUGCUUCAGGAGCUCUUAAUGGAAGUGCAGCGUUGUGGGGAGAAUUGGAGUGAACCGCCAUCAGCAGGGAGGAGUGCGGAAAGCUCCUCAGGCGCAGCGGCAGGCUUCAUUCUGGUGAUUGACGGCCGGACGCUGGACUGGGCCCUGCAAGACGAACUGAGGAGCGACUUCCUAGAGCUGAGCCGCCAGUGCAAGGCGGUCAUCUGCUGCCGAUCAACCCCACUGCAGAAGAGCGAGGUGGUUCGGCUGGUCCGGGACCAACUCAAGGUCAUGACCCUGGCAGUGGGUGAUGGAGCCAAUGAUGUCAGCAUGAUCCAGGUGGCUGAUGUGGGCAUUGGAAUAUCUGGUCAGGAGGGCAUGCAGGCUGUGAUGUCUAGUGACUUUGCCAUCUCCAGGUUCAAACACCUUCGGAAGCUGCUGCUGGUUCACGGCCACUGGUGCUACUCUCGUCUGGCCAACAUGAUCCUUUAUUUUUUCUACAAGAAUGUGAUGUAUGUGAACCUGCUGUUCUGGUACCAGUUCUUCUGUGGUUUCUCUGGGAGCGUCAUGACCAACUCCUGGGUCCUCAUCCUUUUCAACCUGCUCUUCACCUCUGUGCCUCCUCUCAUCUACGGUGUCCUGGACCAAGAUGUGCCUGCAGACGCUCUGAUGGAGCUGCCUGAGCUCUACCAAGCAGGACACACCUCCAAGAUCUACAUUCCCCGUACAUUUUGGCUGACAAUUCUGGAUGGUUUUUACCAAAGCCUCAUCUGCUUUUUUGUGCCUUACUUUACCUAUGCAGGAUCAGAUAUUGGGGACCUGUCCUUCGGCUCUCCGAUCAACACCUCAGCUCUCCUCAUCAUCUUGCUGCAUCAAGUCAUCGAGAGUCACACUCUGACAUGGCUGCAUGGCAUUGUGUUACUGGGGAGUGGCGUGUCUUACUUCGCCUUCGUGCUGCUCCUCAGCCUCUGGUGCGUGACUUGCAGUCCCCCCACCAACCCCCUCGGUGUCGAAACACUCCAGAUGUCCCAGCCACUCUUCUACAUGGUGUGUGCCCUCACUACUGUGGUGGCACUGUUGCCAAGGAUUUUGGUUCGGGCCUUGCGCAGUACCUUGUGUCCCUCCGCUGUGCUGAAAGCAGCCCAGAAGAAAAAGAUGGAUCCAGAGAAAUAUCGCAAGAGGAUGCAACAGUGGAACGAGAGGCACGCCGGUGCAAGAAGGCUCCCUGUGUGUGUGGACAACCCCGUGCUGGAGCCCUGUGCUGAGGACAUGGUCACCUGACCGCCUGCACAGGGCCACAUUGCUGUGUCAACCACGGUCAGCAGAAGACAUAGACUAGAGUUAGUGAAUUUUCUGGCCAUGGCUAAUCAAGAAGACUGUGCGGCUUGGACUGCAUAUGCUGACCUGCCAAAUUCAUUUUCAUGCCACUGGCAGAAAAAUACAUCUUUGGAUGUUUCUUUAGGUGCAAUAAAAAGCAGCUGAUGUGGUGAAAUUUGCCUUUUGCCUCCAACACAUCCCGUCCAUUUACAGGCGCCGCUUCAAGAGCAUGCUUAUCUUGUUGGUGUCAUUUAAUGUGACAAUGUGAGCUGCUACUGACAUCAGCCAUGUACUGAGAGGUGACUGAAGUUCCAUGGCUGAUCAGAACUGGAAAUCUAUGUUGAGCUGGCACACUGAACUUAACCAUUCAAGAAUGGAAGCUGUGAACGAUCAAAAAGAAAACACAAAAUAUUUUACAACCUUUCUUUAUAAGACACAUCAGUGCUGUGCUUUUAAUUUUAACACCGAUAAAUCAUUAUCAAAUUAGUUUUGAGACAUUAGUAACCCAGGGCUAACUGUUAGUGCUGGGUUAUAUGUCCAUGUGUAAAUGGAGCCUAGCCUAAGCCUGCAGUUAGACUUGGGCUAACGAGUGCAAGUCUGAAAAGGGUUUAUCAGUACCAGUGGUGUGAGACUGAGGCUACCAUUUCCCUCAACCAAACAUUUGUUUUGGACAAUUAUACCAAAGUAUCACUAUGAAUUUAACCAUGAGUUAUAGUAAAAAAAAUGCUACACCUCAUUUUAAAACAUGUAUUCUGCUCCAGUGAAUGCAUUCUCUCCAGCCAUGUUUUUUUCCAUCCUGAAGUGACACUGCUUUGUUAUGAACAACAUGCUGGUAUAUUUACAAUGACUGUAAUGUUUACAAUCCUUGAGCUGGUGCAUGGAGAUGCCACACCGACUUGUGUGUGUCUUGGAAGAAAUGUUGACAUUUCCGGAUGAUGUUACAAUAAGAGGCCUUUUGUUGCUGUUGUUGUUGUUUUAACCCACUGAACUGCUUCCCUCACUGGCAUGUUGGAGUCAGCUGAGUGUGGGGUAGUUGGCGUGAAAAGAUUAUUGAACUCUGAGUCACAUUGACUUGAUCCUAGACCAAUCUGUCCAACAAUAUGUUUGCUGUGCCUUGCUGUCGGUGGGUAAAGAUCAUGUCAUCCAGCCUGAACACCACCACUUGUCUUAUGUUUACAUCUGCACACCAACCACUCCACACGACUGGUUUUGACAGUCACUGUGAAAUCCUGCUGCUUCUGCUCGUGGGUGCACGAGGCAGUGGUUUUUCAAGGAGGUUGUGGCAACAAGUAUGGCAUUCUGUCCCUGAAAAAUCCGGCCACACCGGUUUUGCCAGUCAGGAUCGUGACAAGGCUGCCUUCCCUACAAGCCUGUGACGCGCCUGAAGUGCUGCAGCGUGUGCACAGACACAGCUGGCUCUUAACUGGACCAGCAGCUGACAUUAAAAUAUUAUCCAGCCCUAACUUGAAUGGCAUGCUUUUGGAAUGCCAGUGUUGAUGCAAAUACGAGGACUGUGAAGAUGCCUGGUGCAGUCACAGUCAAGAUUUGAAUGAAAAUUUCAUCUAAUUUAUUAUCAUUUCAGAUGAUGUUUUGUUUGAUUGAUCACCUUCAGUUUUCAAAUAUUUGUCUCAUAUCAGAUAUUGUAACACCCUGCUGUUCAAGCCUUCUAUUGUCAGUGCCAUCUGAAAACUACAAUAAAACAUGAAGCAACUUGUGUGACUUUUAAA